AUGACAUCUACUUUCCCAAAUAUAGGGCCACCACGAUGCGAUGUGUGUCUUGAUCUGGAUUGGGGAAGAAUGCCAGAGGAUUCCGGAGAUGGUUACUGGGAACGACGUCUCAAAGUCCCGUAUCAAAGCCUCAGAGACUCGAAAGACUGCCAGAUUUGUGCUGCUAUUAUCUACGCUAUUUCUGAAUUCAGUAAUCCGCUCGAGAUUUUCCACACAGGAUUCCACCAGUUCUUGCAAUCGAGUCAGAUAAGAAUAUUCUUGAGAGAUGGAUGGACCACAAAAGUUCUGAUAUGGAGCGACCAAGACCCUUUGGCUGAGCCAUAUCUCGAACUUGAAAUGUAUUCUUCAAGCGAUUCACUGUCUCCAAUACCGGCGCUGGGUGUUGCAAACGAGGUUCCUGCAACACUUGACCUCUCAACUUGUGCUUGUUUCCUUGUCCCCCACAUCCGCAAUUGCCAUACAUCACAUUCUCGCUAUCGAGCAAAACCGUCUCCAAUGCCUUCUCGACUGCUUUACGUUGGCUGCGAGACCGACCCUACAUGCCUCAGACUUGAACUCCUGCCAACAUUGCAGCCCUAUACUACCCUCAGCCACUGCUGGGGUGACCAGUCUGCAGUAUUUACUACCACAAAAGCAACAAUCGAAGACCUUGUGAUGGAAAUUCCUUGGAAGAGGCUGCCGAAAACUUUCCAGGACGCUAUCUCAAUCACCCGUUGUCUCGGGAUUCACUAUCUGUGGAUUGAUUCCCUUUGCAUCAUUCAAGAUGAUGCUUCAGAUUGGAUCGUGGAAUCUGUAAAAAUGGCAGAAAUAUAUUCCGGAUCCUACCUGACUAUUGCUGCAACGGGCGCCUCAUCCCCGACUUCUGGCUGCUUGACCACUAGAUGGCACGAAACAGAUUUCGGUGUUAGAAUCUCGCAUGUCGAUUCGCGACUCCAGAGUGACAGGCUUUUCACAGCUUAUGGCAUCAAAGCUAGAUAUUUGUCCAAGGCUCAUACGCAUUUUGCUGGAGAGUUGCAUCCACCAAUAAGCGGGGCUCCUCUCUGGAAUCGAGCAUGGGCCUUUCAAGAGCGAAUACUAUCAAAUCGAUUGAUUCAUUUUCACGGAGAGGAGAUGGUAUGGGAGUGCCGAGAAUAG